AUGACUGUGGUUCGUAGCGAAUAUGUGCUUGGCUACCUGUUCUUCGGACCAUUCGAACACCGGAGGUGCUCACCUCCUUACGACUCCUCCCUCCUCGCAAAUCGAAAGACGAAGCGCACCUGCAAGCUUUUGGCUACCUUCAUUCUCUGCUUCCGUUCCCCUCUUUCUUGCCCGAUGAAUCAGCCAGCCAUAGAGCCGUUUUUAUUCAACUUUCUGUGUUGUUCUUAUUUUCCUAGCCGAUGGCUUUCUUUCCCAGCCGAUUGGUUUUCUAUACAUACAACAGUCAGGAAAUUGAGUUGGGAUUUGAUUUGGGAUUUGAUUGUAUAA